AAAGAACUUUUACAUAAAUAUGGUUCUGAGAAAUUUGACAUAACUCCACCAGAAAAGAAGAAGAAGAGAGAAAAGAAAGAAAAGAAAGUAGAAGAAGAGAAGAAAGAACCUGAACCAGUUCCAGAGAAAAAGAAAUUUGACAUGUAA